AUAGGACCACUCGCAACAAUAUUGACAAAUGAAUGUAGACGCUGACAUCCGGGAUAUAGUCUUGUGGCUGUGUAGUUAAAUAACAGCGAAGGCACUGGACCUAGGACUGACGCCAUUAUUACAGACAUUGGCAGUAAGACAUACAGUGUAGGAAGUAGACACGGGUGAAGAACAAUGGAUCUUCUGCAGUCCAAUAAAACAAUCACUGUUGAACUUCGUGAAUUGAACGACUUGUUGACGUGUUACUUAUGCAAAGGUUACUGGAUCCGACCCACAACUAUCGCCGAAUGUCUUCAUACAUUUUGUAGGAGUUGCAUCGUACGAUAUCUCGAUGAUUCUGAUGAAAACGAGUGUCCAAGAUGCAGCACAGUUAUUCAUGAAACUAACCCUUUAGAACUUCUCAGAGCUGACCAAACACUAGAAGAUAUUAUUUUUAAAUUAGUUCCACACCUUCAGGAAAGUGAGAAGCAACGUGAGACUAACUUCAAUCUUGCUCAGAAGAGAAGGAAAGAAAAAGAAGAUGAGUCGGAUCAACAACCGGCGUAUAAACGACAAAGAGGAACUCAAGAUGAGCAUCAAUACAGCGACCAUCGUAACGACCCACAGAUUGCAUUUUGUUUGGAUUGUAUAAACAAUGACAACGUUUCGAGCAAAUAUAUUCAACCUCUUGCAAAGAAAUUCAUAAAAACGUCAAUUCGCCUGACCAUCGGCCAUCUUAAGAAAUAUCUUCGUCUAAAACUGAAUCUUCCUCACAAGAAAGAAGUUGAUAUUUUAUGCAAUGGUGAAAUCAUGGGUAAAGAUCACACAUUAGAAUUUAUCUACAUGACAAGAUGGAGACUGAAGAGUGAACAUUUGCUAACUUUGCAAUACAGAUCACAAGAAGUUCUUUUGACGUGAACGAAGAUUGUAUUGUAAUUCAAAUAUAUACUCCCGCUCAUAAUCUUUGCUUAGCGUUUGUUACAAACUGAGCUUAGCUUGUAAGAGCAGCGGUGACGAUAUAAAUACUGCCAUAUUAUUCCCCAUUACCUGAGUCUUCUAGCCCGCUGUAGAUAACCUUAUAAAUAUUUAUAUUUUAUGAAAUAGUAAUCCAAAAAUUUUGUAUGACAUAUGUAUAGUAUAGAUCAAUGAAAUAUAGUAUAAACAAAUAUAUGAAUA